AUGUCACUUCCGUCCACGAAACCCGCCCAAACUUCUAUCCGAUCCUUUUUCACGGCAAAAACACCCAAAUAUGCUCCUCCGCCUUCUCAGGGGGCUCCCAUAGAGCUCUCGCAACCUCCCCCGCCGCCUGCUGCUGCUGCUGCUGCUGCUGCCCCUCCACCAACCUCGAAGGCGCCAGACUCCACGAUAGCCUCGUUCCAAAUCCCGCCUCUGCCGACAUCUCUCCCUCAAGAAGCUACGAUCCGACUGGUCUCGAACGACGAUAUCAAUGCCCUACGCCGUAUCAACGCCCUUCUUCUUCCCGUUAGCUACCCCGACAACUUCUAUCAACGUGCAGUUGAUCCGGCAUCUGGUCGCUUUUCCCGAGUCAUCACCUGGACUCACGAUGGUUCUGAAGCCAAGGUCGUUGGCGGCGUCGUUUGCCGCGUUGAACCCAUCCUCGAUUCCAACAGCCAGGGAGUCAUGCCCCAGAAUCUAUACAUUCAGUCGCUAUGUCUGCUCUCGCCUUAUCGAUCGCUGGGUCUUGUGAACGCUGCAGUGGACAAUAUCAUUGCAGGUGCUGUAUCGGACCCCAACUUGAAUGUGACAACUGUCACGGCCCAUGUUUGGACCGAGAAUGAGGAGGGUCUGAAAUGGUAUGAAGGUCGUGGCUUCAAGCGCGAGAACCAACCUAUUGAGGGCUACUAUCUCAAGCUGCGUCCCAAUUCAGCCUGGCUAGUCAGCCGACCAACAGGCGCUUCUGUCCGGAACUUGCUACCUUCUUCCUCUCCAGCGCCUCAACCUAGUGUGCCUGCAAGCGUAACUGCUGAUAUUGCCAAACUGGACACAGCGUCAGGUCCUCCCAGAAAUGGCACCUCGAGACCUCCUAUGCCUCAGUCUGGGAAAUCCUAUCAAAAUCAGCGGCCUGAGACGGAGUGGAAUGAUCUUCCUGAGGAUAUGGCGAACAGCCGUCUCGCACCACCGCCCCGGGUAGGAAGUACUGGCUCUGGUGCAAGCUCUAGAAGUAGCUCUGCGGCGCGAAAGAAGAGGGAUAGGUCUUAUCCCGCAGCUGCUUUUGGGAAUUGA